UCUCUUUAUCGCGUUCCAUCUUCUCUUUCUUCUCUCUAGCAAGUAGCAUCUCUCAACAAUUUAAGAGUAGAGUGCUUCCUGUUAUCCGUGUCGCCAGCGUCCAUGGCGGUGGCUUUCCUGUUGGGCUUCCUCCUCGGCGUCCUCGGCCUGGCGCUCGCACAAGGGGCAGCGCUCCUCUGGGCCAUCCGCAGCCUCACCCGCCGGAAGGGGGCGCCGCCUGAGGCCACCGCACAACUCCCCGUCCACCCGCCGCUACCUUGCGAGAAGCAGGGUUCUCUGUGGAUACUAGAUCAAGAAAAGAUACCAAAAGUUAGCAGCGGUCGCUUUUCAGCUGGGGGUACCCAAGAAAUCAAAGACAAGAAGAAUAUAGUGGAGGUUUUCCCUGUAAAAACGUUGGCUAAACUUAAAGGACACUCACUCAGCUUAUCAGGACCUGAUGGUUCCCAGAUAAACAUAGAGCUUCUGAAUUGUACAGUUGUUGCUGUUUCUGCAUCAAAUCUACCCUCACGUAAAUGGGCCAAGAGGUAUCCCAUAAAACUGGAAAGUAAGGAGUCUGAGAUUUGCAAGGGAAGCAAGGUAUGCUAUGUCUAUGCAGACACCUCUUGGGAGAAGGAAUCAUGGUGUAAAGCACUGCGUCUUGCAUCGUCUACAGACGAGGAAAAACUGAAAUCGCAUGCCAUGUUGACUGAAGAGUUCCGCAGUUACAUAUCCUCUUUGAAUGCUGGAUACCCUUGUUUUCUGAAACCUUCAGUGUUCUCCGGCGAGGAACAUGUGGUUAUGGACAGGACGGUGAAGACUGAGGGAUCUUCAAAAGUCCGCCUUUUCCUAAAAAAGAUGGCAAAGAAGGCAUCUAUAAAAGUUCCCCAGGAGAGUAAAACAAGUCUGGUGCCGUCUAAAGAUAUAAAACAACCCAGCACCCCUGGCUCUUCUUUGGGUUACAACAGCCAAUUUUCUGAUACCCCCGAUACAAAUGUAGAUGAAAAGCUUGUUGAUGAAGGUACCCUUUGCUGGAACCUCCUAUUCUCUCGGAUGUUUUUUGACGCUAAGAUGAAUGAUGAGAUAAGCAAGGCCAUCAAAGCACGGAUUCAGCGAACAUUGUCAAACGUGACAACUCCAGCCUACAUUGGUGAAAUCACACUUAUUGACCUCAGCCUUGGGAAACUUCCACCGUACGUGCGCAGAAUGAGAGUCCUCCCACUGGAUUUGAAUGAACUGUGGGCUUUUGAAGUUGAUUUUGAAUAUUCUAGUGGAAUAGCACUGCAUAUUGAGACAAGACUUGAGGUUCAGGAGCCAGAGUUGCAAAAGGACAUAAUGAAGACUACUCUUAAAGAUGAUUCAAGUGGAGAUGUGAAUUCAGAUUUCCUUGAUAGUAUUGAGCAGUAUGGUAACCAAUUCAGGUCUUCACAAUCUUUGCCUUCUGAGAUGGAGGAUAAUGAUGGAGCAGAUGCAUUAAGGAAGUCCAAGAGCACUGGAUGGACAUCAACAUAUAUGUCAAGGUGGAAAAAUAUCUUGCAUUCAAUAGCUGACCACGUCUCGCAGGUGCCAUUUUCUUUGACAAUUAAAAUUUCAUCAGUUCGUGGGACAAUGCGCAUACAUAUAAAGCCACCUCCCACUGAUCAAAUUUGGUAUGGGUUUACAUCGAUGCCGGAUCUAGAGUGGGAGUUGGAAUCUUCAGUUGGGGAUAGGAAGAUCACCAAUAGCCACAUCGCCUCACUUAUCAGCAACAGAAUCAAGGCUUCGCUUCAUCAGAGCUUGGUGCUGCCGAACUGUGAAAGUAUUCCCAUGUCGUGGAUGAUAUCAGAUAAGGAUGACUGGGUGCCUCGCAAAGUUGCACCUUUUAAAUGGUCCACUGAGACUGCAAGUCGCACUGCAGACACGACAACGUCCCAGUCCCAGUCCCAGUCCCAGUCCCAGUCCCAACCUGGGGAAGCUGCUGUGCCAAAGGGCAUUGCAAACAGCAGAGCCAACAAAUCGAGUCCACCUGCUCCUUCAACAAGAAGCAAUGAAUCGCGAAAGAACACAACAUCUGUUCAUGGGCCGAACCAAGAACCUGCAGCAGAAGAAGCAUCAACCACGCAGUCUUCACUGGUUUCUGGCGAUUCAAACGACCAGUUGAGGAUGCCGCUGUUGAGCAGCAGAGAGUUUCAGUUUCAGGAAGAUGCUUCUGAGACCGGUGUGGGCUCUUCUUGGGUUGAAAGAGCAGUGGUGAUAGCUGCCGGGGAGCAGUCAUUGCCAGCUGCUGCUUCUCCCGAAGCCGGUGAGGAUGUGAAGAGGAGGCGCAGUCGGCGUGCUCAGGUGAUGGAUUUGAGGAGGAGGAUGGGGGACAAGCUGGAAGAGAAGAGGCGGAACAUGGAAGAGAAGGGCAAGCACAUUGUGGAAAAGAUGCGGGAGAACACGAGGAGCAACAGCCUGUCGGACUUGGAGCGAGCCACCCCUGCUCCUCAUGCUCCUAGUUCCUAGGCAGUCAGCUGGAAUGUGCAGUCUGAACAUUGUCCUUGUGUUCCUAGAGAGAGCGUUUUACUUUUAAAAACCGAGAAAUCCACAGUUUACAGUAUCCGGCAACAAACCCUACUCCUAGCAAGCCAGACAUGGGAGUAUUUGCAAUUGCAUAAAGAGAAUUAUGAAUGUACCACACAGCCGUACAGUUUUCACAGGGCUAGAUGUAUCCAUCUCAUCGCCCUCGCCCCAACUGAAUGAAUAUAACACACAAGUCAUUUGUUCA